GACAAAUCAAUGUUUUGAUGGUUUAAGAUGUCAAAAAUUCUGUGAGAACAAUCAUCAGUUCAGAAUAUUCAAAUUUAUCAAAUGUAUUUUCGUCAUGUGAACACAAGACAUUCAUCCUGUCCAUCCAUCAGUUGCCCAAUCAUCAACAUCACUGAAAAUAGUCUAAAAAACCGUUCUUCAAAGAAACUUCAUCCCACCUUCCCGAUGCAUAAAUACGAUAAAACGACCAAUCCUGGAAGAUAUAACGAAAAUGUGAUCAAGCUCCCUAGAAACUUGUACACUCAACUGAAAUCUCCAUCAAGUGAAGAACUUCAAGCAAUCCUGCAAGGUAGUCUAUUAUCUAUUCCAGAGAAAGAAGAGCUACCAAAUUUCGCACAAUACUGGAAACAUCAGUUAUUGGUUCAUAAAGCAAUCCAAAAUUUCAAUAUGCAUACUCCAGAAUACAGAAACAAAGGCUGCCUCUGCAAGCCAGUCUAUAAACUCAAGCAAGAUAGUUCAGAUAAUAAUCAUUCAGUAAACAAAAGAAGAGGUUGUCCUUGCAAACCUACAGAGAUACAUCAAAUGCAAGAAGUGAUAGAUCUGGUUGGUGCAUCACAAAUAGACCAAGAACAAGCAAACAAAGACACACAGAAAGAUCCAUCCCAGGACAGCAUUUCGAAGGCUUCAGAAAAAAUAAAGGUGUGUCUACCACUAGACCUCGAGAAGCUAGGCAAAGACUCUUCCGGAAAAACGAUUAAAUUGAUUAUCUACGGGGAUAAGACUCAUUGCGAUUGUAAGGGCUGCAACUCAAACAGAUCUGGAGAUAAAAGCUCUAGUAACGAAUGCCUAGCUUGUGCUCUAGCUAGGAGUCCUCAAAUGAAAAACCUUUACUCGGGUUGGUCUGACGAAAAAGUUGAAAAAACCUCUAACAAACAGCGCAAGGGUUUUCCUUCCAGGUUAUCUGAGGUGCUAGCUUCCAAACUUUCAUUCUUAAAGAAAAAGCAGAAAUCUUCGCCGAGCUGUCACUGUUCGGAUAAAUGUGCCCAAACUUGUGGAGUAUCCAAGCUGGAUUCAGCUGUAGAAACUACUAGAACUGCAGGAGCAACUUCCAAGGUAGACAGGGCGUGUAGUUGUAUAUGUUGCUCCAAGAAUGAGGAGGAAACAAACACUGAGAGAUCAGAACAAACUGCAUCUAAGACAGAUCCGUGCAAAUGUCCCAGGUGCGGAAAAUUCGAUAUAGAGAAGCUCACAAUUGUGAGCCCAGGCCCGAAUUCUUACCAGGAUGAUUGCCUGAAAUGGGUUUUGAAGAUGGAGGCCAAACAAAAUUAUAGACAGAUCAAGUGUAUCUUGAAGGAACUCAAAGAGCAGCGCCAGGAAAUCAGAGGUUUGCACAAGCGCUAUACGAGUUUGAUAAAACUUCGUAUCAAUCAUAGUAGCGAUGAAUAUGUGGAGAAAUAUAAAACAAUUAUGAAGAACAGGCGAGAAAAAGAGAGGGAUGAAGUAGAGUGGAUCUCAAAGAGCAAAGAUAUGAAGAAUGCUAUAAACCAAUCUACACUGUCCGAGCAAAACGGCUACGAAGAGAACAACAAGACACUCAGUCCAGUAGAUAAUACUUCAACCUUAUCACUUUUUGAAGAAGAUUCAACUAAAACACCCAAAGUAAAUUGUGUAGAUGGUGAAAAGCCCGAUGACGUGGCAGAAAAGGAUAGUUGCACAUGUACUCUGAAGAGUUCUUGCAAGCAACGUUUCAGAAACUUUUGGAGGAGCUUCCGCGGGAAAAGAAGAGAAUGCUAUCAGGAAUGUGACUGUCCAGCCUCGAAGCCAAUAGAGAAAUGUAAAAAUUUUCUUGUGAAAAAUUAUAAAAAAGCUACAAAAUAAAUGCGAUUAUGACUUCUUGGUAAUAACAAUGUUUAUUCAUAACCAUAAGACAUGAGGUUUGUGUAAUUUAUAAGCGCAAUAAAGCAUCUAGGGAAAAUGACACCAAUGACUCCUCUACAAACUUCCAUCCUUCGGCUCACCAACUUAUCAGCUUUGUCAUUUUUCAACGAGUUUUAUUUCAG